UCCUAAUGGAAUGUAGAGCAUAGUAAUAGUAUCCGAGUGGACACCGACAGGGAACCUAAACAUGUGCAGCGUAGAGUUAUAAGGUCUGAAAGGGAGGCAUCGAAAGCGUUAAGCGUGGUCCACCCGAACAGGCAAACCCUCUUUUAUUAUUGUUUCCUCAAUCGAACGGCCCCAAAUCUGAAAUCUGAAAUCUGAAAUCUGAGUGGAGUGGAGAUCUAGCACAGCACAGCACAGCACAGUAGAGCAGUGAGUAGCAGCAUGGUGGAGGCGCAGACAUGGACGACGCGCCGAAUGAGCAAUCCGAGGCUGGACAGUCAGAGCGAGCAAGUGGUGGACAUCCCAGCCACUCCGCCGGGGGAGCUCCGGAACAGCUUCGGAUCCAGCGGCGGAGGCACCCUGACAGCGCUGAUAAUCGCGUCCUGGUACCUCUCGAACAUCGGCGUGCUCCUUCUGAACAAGUAUCUGCUGAGCUUCUACGGGUACCGCUUCCCCAUCUUCCUCACAAUGCUCCACAUGCUAUCCUGCGCCGCCUACUCCUACGCCGCCAUCAACUUCCUGGAGCUGGUCCCCCUCCAGCACAUCCACUCCAAGAACCAGUUCCUCAAGAUCUUCGCCCUCAGCGCCAUCUUCUGCUUCUCCGUCGUCUGCGGCAACACCUCCCUCCGCUACCUCCCCGUCUCCUUCAACCAGGCCAUCGGCGCCACCACCCCCUUCUUCACCGCCAUCUUCGCCUUCCUCAUCACCUGCAAGAAGGAAACCGCCGAGGUCUACCUGGCGCUCUUGCCCGUCGUCUUCGGCAUCGUGGUGGCCAGCAACAGCGAGCCCUUGUUUCACCUCUUCGGCUUCCUCGUCUGCGUCGGUUCCACCGCCGGUCGCGCCUUGAAGUCGGUGGUUCAGGGGAUUCUCUUGACCUCCGAGGCGGAGAAGCUUCACUCCAUGAACCUUCUUCUCUACAUGGCUCCCGUGGCGGCUUUGAUUUUGUUGCCCUUCUCUCUCUACAUUGAAGGGAAUGUGCUGGCUUUGACCAUUCACAAGGCUAGAGGAGACCCCUUCAUUGUUUUUCUUCUGCUCGGGAACGCCACUGUCGCUUACUUGGUCAACCUCACCAAUUUCUUGGUCACCAAGCACACCAGUGCCUUGACGUUGCAGGUCUUGGGGAAUGCCAAGGCCGCCGUCGCCGCCGUCGUUUCGGUUCUCAUUUUCAGGAACCCUGUCACCGUUAUGGGCAUGGCGGGCUUCGCCGUCACCAUCAUGGGUGUCGUGCUUUACAGCGAGGCUAAGAAGAGGUCCAAGGUCACCACUCAUUGAUCAAUUCAUCGCUUCACACUUCACAACACCACGUUUCUAUUUUUUUCUUUUUGCCUUCUCCGGGUAUUACUUUCUUUGCUUUUGCAUAAUUUUAGUUUGAUUUAAUUAUAUUUCCGUGGAAUUGGGUCGCUUAAUUACAGCAAUUGGACUGUAUAGGGAGGAAAACAAGGAGAAAGGGGUUGGGUUGGGUUGGGUUGGGUUGUGUUGUGUUGGGUUUCUGAUUUUCUCUCAUGCCCGUUGUGUAAGCUCUAUAUAUGAAAUGCUCCAUACAUAAAACGUUCAAAGAACGAAAACUUAUGUGUAUUUGACCAGGGAGGAAAAUUCUCCCGAGUUCCAUUUUCUUAAUCACAUCAUCUUUUUUUUUUUU